GCCCUCUUUCCCCUUCACCACCAACCCCAACAUCAUCUCACGUCUCUGACCCUAUCAUUCCGCCUUCAUCUAGGUAUCAUCCUCGCCUUUGCUCCGUACCCUCCGUACCCUCCGCAGAUCCCCAACCCGGCAUACGGAGCACAAUCGGCGGAGCUCCGAUUUUCAUCCGGCUUCAACGAGCCAUACAGUCGUUGUCCCGGCAGUUACUCUUAACACAUACCAAUAGACUCAUAAACUCGAACCGCUUGUGACUACAGCUGAUCAUCACAUGAUCUAUAUUGACCGUGUCCCUGAGGCUCUCCUCCACGGACUUCAUCGUUCAGUACACCCUCCACUUUAGGUCACAAGGCCCUCACUUAACAAGCAAUCACCAUGCUUGAAGAACCUCAGACCGCUCCUGAGUCGCUGUCAACGCGGAAGCGAUCUAAGGCUUCUGAAGAAAACGAAGAGGAACGGAAUAAGAAGCGAUCAAGAGGCCGUCCACGCCUUGACACCAGAGAUGAGACGGCUCAAGAUCGUCGUCGAACGCAGAUUCGACUGGCUCAAAGAGCCUAUCGUAAUCGCAAGGAUACUGCCAUUACGACCCUUGAGGACAAAGUCAAGGAUCUUGAAGAUGCCAAUGAAAACAUGAGCAAAGAGUUCAUGAACUUUUUUGACUUUGUUCUUUCCCAGGGAAUGCUGGAAGGUGCACCUGAAGUUGCAAGACGUCUCAAUGAUACAACCCGCAAGUUUCUCUCACUCACAAGGAAAUCCGCCGAUGAUUCAAACCGCGAUGGCAUCGAAGAUACUCCAGCCUCUGCGCAAGCACAAGAGCAAGUUGUGUCACAGCCCCCAGGACGGCACCCAUCUGGCUCCGACUCCAGCACUAGUGGUGAAUUCAUGUUACAGAACCCACCUGGUUUUAGCGCUCCUCAAGAGAAGAGCCUGUCUACUCCACGAAGACCGUAUCCCACUAUACGGCAACAGGCUACGCCUCCCUUGAACCUGCCUUACGAAAUUAUCACAAUGCCAACUACAGAUAAUGCAAGUUUCCCUGUUUACGACACGCAAACGACAAUCAGUUUCGAGCAAAAUCCCUUCCUUCGAUCACCCUUUCCCAAUGUCCAUUCGCCAGCCACAUAUGCGCCCCAAGAACGGAGUUUUGGUCGCCGCCUUCAGAGAGCAACUUUGGAGGCUGGUCUGAGGUUGGCAUCGAUGGCCAAUCCACCUCCUCAUCGAUAUGCUGAGGUCUUUGGAUUUUGCCUACUCUUCGAACCCAGGGAGUCUAUCAUUCGCCGCAUAUCUAGCACAUUGGCCAGAGUGAGCCAGGAAUCAAUGUUUGUCUGGAGGUACCCUUUCACAAACCUGGGUGGUGCUGGGACUUUCUUCCCAAACAAUGGAGAAGCCGGAGUAAAUACUGCAACAGGAGCCAAUGGGAACGCGAUACCGUUAGGAAAUCAAGGGCUGGCACAGCAACUGAAGCCACAGGAGAUGACUGGGUUUUCAAUGGGCCCUUUUAACCAAGACGUUGAAGCGACCAAAGGUGACCACGUCGACAAACGCAUGCGAAUGAUGUACCAGGGAUUUGAAGGGGACUUCUUUGAUGCAGAUGAGGUGGAAACAUAUCUACGUCAACGGGGUAUCGUGAUACCUGCUAACGUGGAUUUUGUUGAUGCUGAAAUUGAUAUGGGCUCGUUUGACGAAACUCCAGACCUUUCGGGCUUAGGAACGAGCAGCAGCUUCUUCGGAACGCAGCAACCCCCUGCGUCAAGCCAGACGCAUUAUAUGCCGUCUCAGCAAGCCACAAGUGACAUAUCGAGUAUGUGGCAAAGUACGAUACCUACCACCCUCGCUACCACCACAGCGUCAAUGACACAAGCUUCUCUCAUGGCACCUGCAAUGGGCGUAGACUUCGUCAACAUUAUGCCAACAGUUGAGGCAACCGAUCCUGGGCAGUUUGGUGCAGGGAUGGGAUCUCUCAUGGAUUCAUCAUAUUUCCCUCGAGAUUGGGCCACAGAUGCCAGUUGGAUGAAGACAAAAGUGACGAUGGAUGUGAAUCGACUAGUAGCAGAAAUGACAAGCAGGGCAGUCUGUUUAGGUCGCACGCCAGGCUUACGACCAAAGGAUAUAGACAGAGCAGUUAAGUCAUCUAUUGUACUGGCCCAGGCAUAACAUCGCAAUUCCUGUUUGCUUGCCAUUGGAUUUCAUAAUCUUGGACAUUUAACUCCGAUAUGAUUGAAAAAGAGCCUAUGAAUGUUGACGCAUUUGCAUGGUAUUAGGGCAGCGUGAAACUCGUGUCAAACCCUGGGAGUUGAUUAAAGAAAUAUUCAUGUAUAAUAUUAUGGGCGUAUGCCCUUGGAAACUCUUAUCUAUAAUGUUUUAAAUGAAAAGGCGGCAAUGUUAUUCUCAAAAUAUGUCAACUCCUCU